AUGGUUGAGAUUCCUGCGCUGCUGGAUGCCACGCUGGUCGUCGUAGCGGUCGUCGUCCUCUUGGCUUCGACAGCGCACUUCACGUACCAUCCCCGCACACGAGCUUACCCUGGACCAGUUCUCAUCUUCAUCCUCUUUUCGUCUGGCAUGGGCAUUCUCCUGCGAUCUGCCAUGCAUCUAGCAGCAAUAAACAUCGCGUUUCCCACGGACCGUGAACCUUCCGACGGCGCGAGCCCACCGGUGCCACUCACCCUGGUUGACGUCGCCCAUGCCGCCUUGAUGCAAGCAUCGGUUCUUCCCAUCCGUGUCUCGAUUCCGUUUUGGGCCAUGCUCUACUUCACGUCCGCAGCCACGUUUUGGUACCUCAUGCUCGCGAUGGACUUGAUCUCGUCGCUGUCGAAUCCGUUCCUGCCCUUCCAAGCUAACAAUAUUCUCCACCAUGUUGUGACGUGGCCAGCUGCAUCGGCGUGGGUCGCCGCCUUUUACCUCUUCUUUCGCACAGACGCCGAAUCCGCGACCCCCACGACAAGCCUCCGCAUGUGGAUGAUCCUUCCCAUGUACGUUGUCAUGGCGUACAUCACGAUUGCCCUCUUUGUCACGUGGAGAAAGUCGCGCACCCUCGAGACACAGGCACAUACGACGACUCGGCGCAUGGCCAAGCAGAUCAUGCCUUACCUAUUCGUGUUCGGUCUCGGUGGGCUCGUCGACAUUUGCCUGUACGCAGCGGAAGUUCACAUCGAAACGGUAACCGGCUAUCGAUCGUGGCCCGUGAACAUCAUGCACCAAAUCACUCAAGUGGUGCAAGUGGUGGCUGUGCUGAUGCUAUUUCAGCGCAAAGCCGGGUGGGUCCUGUGCUGGCGUCGGCGAACGACGGUGGCGUCGCUUCAGGCCGUGGCGCAGCUCUCGCCGUGCGCGUCGCCCAUGGAUGACACACAGCGCGCGACGGAGGACGAUGAUCGGUUGAGCGGCGAAGAUCUGAGCGUGUCAAACGUGAUGCGCCAGUGCAUCAUGAAGUACACGUCGAUGGGCAUCAUCGAGUCGGCCCAAAGUGCAGUCGCGAAAGCCCCCGCCGACAUCACCUUGGAGGACUACACGGUCGUCGAGAACAAGAUCGUUAUCGUGCAUGGCGAAAUGGACAGCGCCAUCCUCACGUUUCGCGACUGUGCGCCUGCAGUGUUCCAGCACAUUCGGUCCAUGUGUGGCAUCAGCCAGGCCGACUACGUCAACUCGUUUGCGCUGGAUCGGAAUAUGAAUGAGCACGGUUCAGAGGGCAAAAGCGGCAACUUGUUUUACUUUACAGCCAACAAACGAUUUAUGGUCAAGAGUGUGCCUGAAGACGAGUUCGAAGCACUCCGGUCCAUCUUGCCGAGCUAUCACACAUACUUGCAGACCCAUCCCAAGUCGUUCUUGUGCCGGUACUUUGGCUGCCACUCGAUCUCGUUGCCCGUGGGCACUCGCCGCAUGUACUUUGUCGUGAUGCAUAAUCUGUUCGACGAAGGCCCUGUGGACCACAGGUUUGACUUGAAAGGGAACACGGACCGUCGCCAAGCAAUUCAGUCGCACCAUGUCGAACAGUACAUUGCUCGGUCCCAGAACCGAGAAUACAUUGCCAAAGUCAUGAUGGACAUCGACUUUCUGAAACUACGCCAAGCUGUCCACGUCGACGAGAGCGACGAAGCCGAGAUGCAGUCGCAGCUCAUCCAAGACAUUACGUUUCUGGCAACCCAAAGCAUCAUGGACUACAGUGUUCUCUUGGGCGUGAAAUUCGUUCGCGACGAACACACGACCACCAACGCCACAGUCUCCAAGACUCGAGACCGCGUGUAUUACGUGGGCAUCAUCGACAUGCUGCAGCGAUACACGUGGCGAUGGACCCUCCAGCGGUGGUUUCUCGGUCUUGUGUGCUGCAAAGACAUGGGGAACGUCAGUGCUGUGCCGCCGAACGAGUACGGGAAACGCCUCACACACUUUAUCCGGUCAAGGUUCUUUCACACACCAGGAAAGACGCGAUACAGUGGAUGGACGAAUCUGGAGUCUCCUGCCCCGCCAGACGUCCCCCGACCGAGCGGACCAAGUGCGUGGACCACGGAGGACGACUUUAUGUCGCCGUCCGCUGCCGCCAUGUGGAGGAAUGCCCAGUCGCCAUUUCACAUGCAAAUGGUGCCUCCCCACCGAAAGUCGGGGGGAUUCUUUGUCGCGUCGUCGUUUUAA